AUGAUUUCCCCAGGCCUGUCUGCUCGUCUCCCCAAGCGGGCCUUCCCCGCAUUCCGCGCCCAGCGACAGUUCAGCUCCGCACGCCCGACUUGUAAGGAGAUUCAGGAAGCUUACAUUUUGAGUGCAUCUCGGACACCGACAGCAAAGUUCAAUGGUUCCUUUGCUUCCGUAUCAGCACCUGAGCUCGGCGCUGUUGCAAUCAAAUCCGCCCUAGAUAAGUCUAAGGUACCCGUUGAGAAGAUUACGGAUGUAUAUAUGGGAAAUGUGUUGCAGGGUUCAGUAGGCCAGGCGCCCGCCCGUCAGGCCUCUAUUUUUGCCGGUCUCCCUUCCACUAUCGAAGCUACGACAAUCAACAAGGUCUGCGCUUCUGGCUUGAAGGCUGUGGCACUUGCCGCACAAAAUAUUCAACUUGGCCUAGCAGAAGCACAGGUGGCUGGUGGUAUGGAGAACAUGACUCGUCUAGAGGAUGGUCUCAUCAAGGAUGGUCUAUGGGAUGUUUACAACAAGUUCCACAUGGGCAUCUGCGCCGAACACACUGCGAAGAAUUAUGACAUCUCCCGGGAGGACCAGGAUUUAUAUGCCAUUCAGUCAUAUGAGCGGGCCCAGGAGGCAUGGAAGGAGAGCAAGUUUGCCGAUGAAAUUGCCGCAGUUACUGUGAAAGGUAAGAAAGGAGAUACCGUUGUCGAACGGGAUGAAGGCUUCGAAAACCUGCGUGCCGAUAAGUUGAAGACCCUGAAACCCGCCUUCCUACGAGAUGGGACUGGUACCGUAACCGCUGGCAACGCAUCUACCAUGAAUGAUGGAGCAUCUGCUCUGAUCCUGGGCAGCAAGGAUCUUGCUCGCGAAUAUGGCGUUGGCAGCCGUGUCUUGGCCCGUAUCGUUUCUACAGCCGAUGCCGCCAUCGACCCUGUGGACUUCCCAGUGGCCCCUGCCAAAGCAGUCCCGAUUGCGCUGGAGCGUGCCGGUAUCACCAAGGAUCAAGUGGCGGUAUGGGAAUUCAACGAGGCUUUCGCAGCUGUCAUCAAAGCCAAUGAAAAGAUUCUCGGUUUGCAAAAUGCCAAAGUCAACAUGCUCGGAGGCGCUAUCUCUCUCGGCCACGCUCUCGGCAGCUCAGGCUCGCGUAUUCUCGUCACCUUGCUCCACCAAUUACAGCCCGGCGAGUAUGGAGUGGCUGCGAUCUGCAACGGCGGUGGUGCUGCGACUGCGAUGGUUGUGCAGAGAUUGGAUCGGGUGGAUUGA